AUGGAGGACGACUAUUUCAAUGUACCUCUGCAGGAUGUUAAACGGGAGCUGAGGCGUGGCAUUGUCGAGUGUCAAAAACGCGGUCUGCUGCACAGUGUCAAAUGGCUGGCCGAAAUGAACCACGGCCUGGCGGAUAUUGAACUGGAUGGCGAUAAAUGUGAUUUCAGUGAUGCCGCUAUGGACGGAAUAACUCCCGCAGAAUACGAUAGCUACUAUUUGGCCAAAAGCUAUUUCGAUGUACGGGAAUAUGAUCGGGCGGCAUAUAUGGUGAGAAAUUGUGAAUCGGCUGUGCCAAAAUUUCUACACUAUUAUGCCACCUAUAUGGGUUUGGAGAAGAGGCGGCUGGAUUCCACCACAGAUCAAUCGAAUUUAAACGAUUCGGGACAUGUCAAAGACUUGGCUGAACUCUUGGCCACCCUGAGAGCUGAAUAUUCACGUGGACGUUUGGACGGCUAUGGCAUGUAUUUGUACGGGGUCAUCCUCAAAGCUUUGAAUCUCAAUCAGGCGGCACAUCAGGUUUUGGUUCAGUCAAUACGUUUGGCACCCAUGUUAUGGGCUUCAUAUGUGGAAUUGGCACCCCUGGUCACCGAAAAGGAAAAACUGCAGACAAUGCAUUUUGGUGGCCAUUGGAUGCGUCACUUCUUCGUCGCUCAUACAUACAUCGAAAUGUAUUUGAAUGAUGAAGGCCUGAAGGCAUAUGAAGAGCUGCAGGCAGCUGGUUUUCGUAAGUGUGUUUAUGUGACAUCACAGAUGGCGUUGGCGUAUCACAACAAGAGGGAUGUGGAUAAGGCCAUUGAAAUCUUUCAAGAACUGCAAGAAGCGGAUCCAUAUCGUCUCGACAACAUGGAUACAUAUUCGAAUUUACUCUUUGUCAAGGAACUGAAAACGGAAAUGGCACAAUUGGCCCAUAAAGCGGUGGGCAUAAAUAAAUAUCGUCCGGAAACGUGUUGUGUUAUUGGUAACUAUUAUAGCAUACGCUGUGAUCAUCAAAUGGCCAUAAUGUAUUUUCAACGCGCCCUGAAAUUGAAUCCCAAAUAUCUGGCUGCCUGGACACUGAUGGGCCAUGAAUUUAUGGAAUUGAAAAAUACAAAUGCCGCCAUACAAAGUUAUCGCAAGGCUGUGGAGGUCAAUAAACGUGAUUAUCGUGCCUGGUAUGGCCUCGGCCAGGCUUAUGAAAUCUUAAAAAUGCACUACUACAGUUUGUAUUAUUUCAAAAUUGCACAUCAGUUGCGACCCUAUGAUAGCCGUAUGCUUGUGGCAUUGGGCGAGACCUAUGAAAAAUUGGAGAAAUGUGAAAAUGCCAUUAAAUGCUAUAGCAAAGCGUGUGAUGUGGGUGAUAUUGAGGGUAUUGCCAUGUUCAAAAUGGCAAAUCUUCACGAGAAAUUGGGUGAAUUCGAUUUGGCUGUCAAUUGUUAUAUGUUGUAUUGUGCCGAUGAAAGGGCUGCAGCCGAUAAACAGAGUCUCUAUCAUGGCUAUAUGACAUUGGCCAAUUAUUAUGAGAGUAAGGGGGAAUAUGAUCGGGCCUCACAUUAUGCCUAUAAGUGUUUGGAGUCUGAUGAUCGCAAAUCGGAAGCCAAAUCCCUACUGAAAACCAUUGAAAAUAAACGCAAUGGCAAGGUCAUUUCUCUGGGCACAUUACCCACCAGUUCAACGGCAACUGUGGCAAAUGCCGACACCUCUUCGGAUGAUGAUAUGGACAUGGAAUUAAGUGAUUAUAAACUAUCAGUACAUAAUUUUUUGUGGACAAGUAAUCGUGGUGGUGCCGGGGCGGGUAUGGGUACCAGUGCUGGUGCUGCUGCUACCAGCAGUAUGAAAUCAAGUGUAAAUGAUUUGGCAGCAACCUCCACCAAAUCAUCACUGGGUGGUGGUAUACAGAAACACUCUUCAUCCGUGGCCACCGAUGAAAUGUCACUAAGUGAAAGUGAUAUCAAUACGAACACCUCAAUGCCUGCCACAAAUACACCAUCAUCAAACCCGUCGUCGUCUAUGCCACGACGAACAUCUAGUUCGGGUACACAACCGGCCAUUGCAACCACAUCACAUGUCGGCGAACAGGAUGAAGAUACUCAAUCCAUGGAAAUGUCAUCAAUUUCAAUAGACUGA